GUGUGGCUAAAAAGGGUAGGCUUUCAUUCAGCUGAGAAACAUGUGCACCUCUCCCCAAGUCCAGUUUCUGUAAACGUAGGACACCAUUGAUCACUGUCUUUCAAUGAGAGGAUUAAUGGGAAUUUGCACAAAGGCUUGGACACAUACAGGUGCACAACAGGAAAUUGGCAGUGCUGCAUAAUGGGUAAUAAAGUCACAUCCGUGAGUUUUGUCUUACGAUGCCUGUGCUUCAUAACUCUCCAUUUGCUAAGCGCAGCUCAAGAUGAAGAUUUAAGGAGCUGCAGAACUGCACCGGCUGACCUGGUUUUUAUUGUAGAUGGGUCAUGGAGUGUUGAAGAUGUCAAUUUUGAGCUAGUGAAGAGAUGGGUCGUCAACAUAACAACCAGCUUCAACAUUGGGCAGAAGUUUACCCAGGUUGGAGUGGUCCAGUACAGUGAUGACCCCGUUUUAGAAAUACCCCUGGGGAAAUACAACUCCAACAAGGACCUCAUCAAAGCAAUGGAGUCCAUUGAGUAUAUGGGAGGAAACACAAAUACGGGGACGGCCAUCAAGUUUGCGACAGACAAGCUGUUUGGGCUUUCUGAAAGAGGCCCAGCAGGCGUUUCUAGAAUUGCUGUCGUCCUCACGGAUGGCAAGUCUCAAGACGAGGUCCUGAAGGCAGCUGAGGCAGCAAGAAAAAAAGGAGUCAUUUUGUUUGCCAUUGGUGUUGGGUCAGAGACAGAGGCGGUUGAGUUGAAUGACAUUGCAAACAAGCCAUUUUCAACUUAUGUCUUCUCUGUUGAAGACUACAAAGCUAUUUCCAGGAUUAUACAGGUCAUACGACAGAAACUAUGUGAAGAGACUGUUUGUCCGACCAGGAUUCCUGUAGAUUCCCGAGAUGAGAAGGGCUUUGAUAUUCUGCUUCAUUUGAAUUUGGCCAAAAAGGCCAAGAAGACACAAGGGGCAUUUUACGGCAGCAGAGCAUAUGAAGUGACAACCCGUGAUGACUUAAGUGAAACCACACGCACCCUAUUCCCUGAUGGCCUGCCUCCGUCGUACGUAUUUGUUGCCACCAUGAGGUAUAAAGGAUCCGUGACUGCAGAGGAGUGGGACCUGUGGAGGAUACAGACUCGUGAUGGGAGUCCUCAGAUGGCGGUGACUCUGAAUGGCUUCGAUCGUACUGUCAAGUUCACCACAACCGCCAACACACCAAGCGGAACUCAAACUGUUACAUUUUCACAACAAACUGUAAAGUUGUUUGAUGAGAAAUGGCAUCAGAUGAGGCUCCUGGUAACUGAAGAGGAUGUGACUCUUUAUGUCGAUGACCUGGAAAUAGAAACAUUGUCGCUGGAGUCCUCUGUUGGCAUUUUCAUCAAUGGAAAAACCCAAGUUGGAAAGUAUGUGAGCAAGGAAACAACAGUGCCAUUUGAAAUUCAGAAACUACGCAUUUACUGCGACCCUGAGCAGAACACCCGAGAGACUGCGUGUGAGAUACCUGGAGUUUGCUCCAACAGUCCUGAUUAUGCCGAACCAACUCCAGAACCUUGUGCUUGUCCGCCUGGUCCUCCCGGACUGCCAGGAAUGAAGGGAGAUCAAGGAGGCAUUGGUUCGCCCGGUCAGCCUGGACCUGCUGGUGCUGAUGGUAAGCCUGGCAUCCCUGGCACUAGAGGGAGUUCGGGUUUGCCAGGUCCACCAGGACUGCAGGGACCACGUGGACCAGAUGGGUACAAAGGCGAGCAAGGGAGACCUGGUGUUUCGGGGGAGAGAGGUAUGCCCGGAUUACCAGGAUUGCCUGGAACAUCAGGAGAUAAGGGCUCAGCAGGAUCAACAGGAAUUGCAGGGCUGCCAGGAAAAGAUGGCCAUGUGGGAGAAAAAGGAAGCAUGGGAUCUUCCGGGCCACCUGGUUUUCCUGGAGAGCCUGGCGUAUCUGGACGAGAUGGAAAGGAUGGGAUACCAGGGAGCGUUGGUCAAAAGGGUGAAGUUGGAGCCAGUGGUAUUCCUGGCGCUGAUGGACGGGCCGGCCAUCCUGGAAUACCAGGAUCGCCAGGAAUUGCAGGCCUUAGCGGACAGAAGGGGGAAACAGGGGAGCAUGGAUCGAGGGGCUUAAAAGGCUCAACUGGAGCACCUGGUGAAAUGGGUUUACCUGGAGCACCUGGUUUAAAAGGAACACCUGGACCAAAAGGCAAUACAGGUGAAAUUGGAAAUCCAGGGAUAAAAGGUGCAGAAGGACUUACGGGAAGUGCAGGCGUACCAGGAAGACCUGGUCAGCCGGGACAUCCGGGCAUGCCAGGCCCGGUGGGAAGCAAGGGACAAAGAGGAAAUCCAGGGGAAAGAGGAGAAGUGGGUAUUCACGGUGAAAAAGGAGAGCACGGCCAUCCGGGGACUCAGGGAUCACCUGGCCUGAUGGGGUUGAAGGGAGAGAAAGGGACAACAGGGGAUCCAGGGCAGAGAGGACUAGAGGGUCAAAUGGGGCGGCCUGGACAACCGGGUCAGUCAGGCACAGCUGGACACCGAGGGCCGCAGGGAAACACUGGCCGUCCUGGCCCACCUGGCCCUGAGGGAAGAUCUGCGAGUGAAAUGUCAGACAGUCACAUUCGACAAAUCUGCAGAGAGAUUCUUCAGAAUGAGUUGCCUAUGUUGUUGCUGAGCAACCAGCAGAGUAGCUGCAGCAGAUGUCAAAGCCAGCCCGGAUCUCCUGGUGCAACAGGUCCGACUGGCCCCCAGGGCAAAAGGGGUCUUCCUGGACUUACUGGUCCCAGGGGGAUGCCAGGCCACAAUGGUCGACCAGGUCAUCCUGGGAUUAAUGGGCUGAAAGGAGAACCAGGUUUCGAAGGUGAGAAGGGAAGCCCUGGGCGAGUCACAAAUGGAGACCAAGGGCCACCUGGACCUCCAGGCCCCAUGGGUCCUCAAGGGUACAGCAAACCAGGCUCUCCAGGUAAGCCUGGAGCCCCCGGAGUAAAUGGGGCUGAGGGUAAAGGUGGGAAUCCUGGCCAUCCUGGCCAGCCUGGCAUAUGUGACCCAUCCCUGUGCUACGGUGGCAUGAUGCGGAGGAACCCCUACAGCAAAGGCCCAAACUAUUGAUGUAACACGGCAUCACUGCAGGCACCAGUCUAAAGCUGAUGUGGGACAAACAGCCAUUCUCAGGAAGAUCUCAUCUUUGCAGUUUCUCUCUGUCACAGAAACUACAGUAAACGUACCUCUUCUGAGACUUCUUAUGUGAUCUCAGUCAGCAUCCUAGUUUCUCUGGUGGUAUUUUUUUUAAAUUAUUAUUCUAAUGUCUCUGAACAUGUUUGACGUUUCAUCAUAUUAAGAGAAAGAAUAAUUGGCUGCUUUGAAUACCUCUCAUCUGAAGACCUUGAACUCUUGUAUGUCGGUGUGGCUGGUACACUUUCCUAUACUGCCCCCUGGUGUUCCAUCACUUCAUCUCGCUCUAAUUACUCUCUACACACAGUCCUGCAGAGUCGUGCACAAUGUGUCCUACGUAAAAAACUAAACACACCAAAGCUUCUACAUGAACUACAUAUUGAGAAAAUAACUUUACCAUUAUUUAUCUGUGAAAUUUGGCAUGUUUCAGCGCAAAACUGUGAACUUGAUUUCCUCUUGCUGACUAUGAGCUCCAGUAAGCCUGCGUUCUGACAGCAUCCAGUUUUGACUGUUGAACAUGAAAACCUUUUACAGUAGCUACAUUGUGUUUAAGAGUAACAAUUUCCCCUGUCAUUACAACCUUCAUUCAUUUAUAUGUCAUAGUUUUUUUUGUUUAAUAGUUAGGAUUUGAAAUGUUUGAACAAUUAUUACGUAUGGCGAUGCUGACAUCUUAUGUUCCACAGGCUUGCCUUUCUUUACUGUAGCAGGUUUUUAUUGUUGUUAUUUAUAAGUGUCAUAACUGUGUAUUUCAGCAGUGACAUGUCUUAAAUAGCUUUUGUAAUGUUAUUUUGUGACUUUUGUAUACGUUUUCUCUCCUUUUAUAAAACUAGAAUAC